ACUUCGAGAAGCUGAAAAAACAGAAGAGUUAACUGUAAGAGAGAGAAAGGGGGAGAUAUUGCCCUUUGGCUUUCUUUAUAUUCAUGAAAGAGGUUAUUGCGAUAUCUUUCCUUGUGGCUUUCGUUUUUCCUCUCAUGACGUAAAAUCUCCCUUAGCUGCAGGCACGAUUUCGGUGAUUCCGUUCUUCUUUCUCUUUUUGAAAAUCAAUUUUUAUAUUUUUCUGGGACUUGUCUGCGCUUGGUUGUUGAAAUAAAGGAAUGAGAGAGAAUAUGAGCUGGCGGAGAGUAUUGAAGUCUGUGCAAGCUCUCGCUGCCCAUACCCUUCUCUUGUGUUUCACUCUUCUUCUCGUCUUCAAGCUCGAUCACGUUGUCUCCUGCUCUUGGUGGGUAAUAUUUUUUCCACUAUGGAUGUUUCAUGCUGUUGUUGCUCGGGGAAGGUUCUCAUUACCUGCGCCAUCAGUUCCACGUAAUCGGCAUUGGGCACCAUGCCAUGCCGUUGUUGCAAUACCAUUGCUUAUUGCAUUUGAAUUGCUCCUUUGUAUAUAUCUUGAGAGCUUAUAUGUUCAUGGUUUUGCAGCUGUCAAUCUGAAGAUUGUGUUCCUUCCAUUGUUAACAUUUGAAAUCAUUAUUCUAAUUGACAAUUUCAGAAUGUGUAGGGCUCUAAUGCCAGGGGAUGAAGAAAACAUGAGUGAUGAGGCAAUAUGGGAGACACUUCCUCACUUUUGGGUUGCAAUCUCAAUGGUCUUCUUUGUUGCCGCUACAGUCUUCACACUCUUAAAACUGUGUGGUGAUGUGGGUGCUCUUGGCUGGUGGGACUUGUUUAUAAAUUUUGGUAUUGCCCAGUGCUUUUCCUUUCUUGUAUGUACAAAGUGGUCGAAUCCCAUCAUUCAUAGAAAUUCUCGCUCUAGAGAAGCCAGUGCAUCUUCUAGUACGAUUAGAUAUCUUGACUGGAAUAGUGGCUUAAUAGUUUCUUCAGAGGACAAUCAACGUGAGGGGAGAAUGUGUGGCCUACAAGACAUAGGAGGUCACUUUAUGAAAGUUCCAGUUAUUGGAUUCCAGAUUCUUCUUUGUAUGCGUUUAGAGGGAACACCUGCUAGUGCUAGACAUAUACCACUUCUAGUUCUCUUCUCUCCCCUUUUUGUACUGCAAGGUGCUGGGGUACUGUUUGCUGCAUCUAAGUUGGUGGAGAAAAUUAUACUUCUGCUACGUAGUGGAGCUGGUGGAGGAAUAUAUUUUAUAUUUUCUUCAAGAGCUCAUGAUUGCUUGGGGUUCUUGCAUCAUGGUUCAAGGUUAUUGGGUUGGUGGUCCAUUGAUGAAGGGAGUCGAGAAGAACAAGCACGAUUGUUCCAAGAGAGGACAUCUGGGUAUAACACUUUCAGUGGUUAUCCUCCUGAUGUUGUUAAGAAAAUGCCUAAAAAGGAUCUUGCUGAGGAGGUCUGGAGACUCCAGGCAGCUCUUGGGGAGCAAACAGAAAUUACGAAAUACAGUCAACAGGAGUUUGAAAGGCUUCAGAAUGAGAAAGUUUUGUGCAGAAUUUGUUUCGAGGGGGAGAUUAACAUCGUAUUGCUACCUUGCAGGCACCGAAUCCUCUGCAGGUAUGCAAUAUUAGCCAUUUUUGAGGGUACGUAUAAGGAAUGCCUAAUACUUGUGAUCCCAAUCGAAGUAUAGCAAUGAAGAAGCGUUUCUGGAGCUUUGUGGAUAUUUUUGGAAGGCGUUUGGAUGAAGAAAUCAAGAGCUAAUUGAAUGAUUUUCGUUAGCUAUAAAAACAGUGCAAAACUGUCAAAGUCGUCCCAAAGUCGUGACUUUCGUUCACGACUUUCACCGCUGUCAGAAAAACGCUGCGUUUCAUUUAUCAGAAAUUAGUUGGCUAGAAUACAUAUAAGCUGAGAGCUCGACCCAGAACGCAUUCUUCAGACUUUUUGACACUUUUAGAGCUUGGUUGUGCUAGGGUUUGGGCAUUGGAAGAGUUAGGAUCAAGAGAUUGAAGCUUUGAAGACAUUUGGAGCUCAUUUUCUUUGGUUUUUCUAUUCCUCUUCCAUUUCCUCUCUUGUAAUCUGAAAUGGGUCCACUUAUUUUGUAUAUUUAUAGCUUGUGGAUGAUUAUGAAUAGCUAAACCCUUUGUUCUAGGAUUAUUUGGAACCCUUGUAUGGAUUAACACCAUAUUUCUCCUCUCUUUUUAUGAUUAAUGAUAUAUAUGUGUUUAUUUUA